CUUUCCAGCAAUGGAAUUUGCGGUUUGAUUCUAUUGAAAUUGUGUAAUAUAGAUUUUUUAUUGUUUCCAAGUCCAUGUGUUGGCUAAUUAUUGUGGAUUUAGGUUAAAAAAUUUCAAUAACUUAAUAUGGUGGAAUCUCAUAGGGUGGCAUAUUGAUAUUGUGGGGAUUGGCGUGAUAUGAAAAUGGAGGAGAACGAUUGUAAUGGGCAUGGGUAGCUGGGUAAUUGGAAGAUCAAUAGGGAUGUGGUGAUGGGAAGAUGGUUGAGGAUGACUGUAAUGGCUGGGUACAAGAGUCUAUAAUCUUCAGAUUGGAACUACUAUAGAAAUGUUAGAGUAACUACUUCCUGUAGUUAUCUAAACCAGUCACUAGCUCGAUGAAAUGCCUCUAAUGAGCCAACCCCCACCAGGUGCUCGAUGAAAUGUCACAGAGAGACCAGACAACCCUAGGGGAAUCAAACUGGACAGAUUUUUCAAAGAAUCCUAACCUCUGAAUCGUAGAUGCUUGGUUGUUGAAAUAGAACCAUCGGAUAUUUUUCAUUAUUUUUCAUUUUUAAAUGUCCAAUGAUGUACACCAAUCCCAUAGUCAUCUGAUCAAAACAACUGAAAUUUCUGAUUGUUUUAGAAACCGAAGUGGUCGAGUCUUGUACUGUUUCAGUAGGACAAAACUGCUCUCGUUCAGGGGUGGGCUGUGGCUGUCAAAAUUAUAGGUCAUAGUGGCCGUCAAUAUUUCAGGUCAUAGCUUUUCUUUUCCUCUUCUCUGGUCAGCAUUGUAAAUUUCUGGUUGUUAAGGUAAACUUGCUCCAUGUUGUUAGCUUUUGACCUUUUAGCCUAUGAAAAUGAUGUACGCAUAUAUGCUUGUGCAUAUGAAGAUAAAAUAACAACUAAUCACACCAUCAUCACUAUUCUUGGACAAUCCUAAUUUAGUGACAGCUUGUAAGGACAACUCAGCUCCACUUACUAGCAUGACUAGUACAUGUCAUGACUAAUUUAGUGGGUUAUAUUGAAAUUUGAAUUGAUUGACACAUUUGAAUUAAGUCAUCAAGAUUGCUGAAAAUAUUUGUGGUUGUUGUGCAGGUAGAGAAGUGCUUGGACGGGAUGCGGCCUGCAUCUUUGCACUAUAUACAUUGGUUUUUCCAUUCUGACAAUUGGGCCCAUGGUUCCAUAGUCCACUCAAUUGGCCUGUUGUAGACAUCCAAGAUUGGGAGAUCCCAAUAGUGAAUAUUAGGACCUUUUUCAGUUGAACAUGGGCUGUUGUUACAUCUCUUCUUAAUAGCUAUAUCCGUAGGCCAGAAAUUUAGAGGUCCAGGUUAAAGAUUAAUGAGGCAGACGUUCAUGGUAGGACACAAUGUAACAAUGGUCCAGGACUAGUGAACAAUGGGCCCCACUUGUCAGAAAUGAAAACAUGCAUGGACUGUUGGAAUAUGUGGGCCAUCAUUUGGUUUCUUUACUAAUUUUACUGCAUAAGGAUUGUCGUUAGUGAAAUAUUUAUUUUUCAAUGUUACUGUAUGUAUUUGCCUGAUAUUAAUCAGUUUCGACGAUGGACAAAGAGGUUGUAUCAGCCUGGAAAGUUCUGAUGAUGACUAGUUCCAGCGGUGACUGAUCUGGGAAAUGCCAAUGAAACUAAUUUCACAUCCUUGAUUUUUUUUUUCUUCUUCUUCAGGUUUUUAGGCGCAUCUUUUGCCAUCAUCAUUGACAUGAAUGGACCCAAGGUCUAGCUUUUGAAAGAGUGUUUCUACAUUGGUCCCAUGGAAGGUGGUAACUUGAAUCAGUGGCCUUCUGGUGGUAUCGUUUGCUCUUAUCCAAAUCAUCAUUUGUGGUUAUCGUGAAUAUGGGUUUGCUUGGCAGAAUAACUUACUAAUUUCAAGUUACCUGUGUAUGUAGAUUCAUUACAUCAGUUUUCUGUUUUUUUUCCAAAGUGACAACACUGCCCUUGUUCCCUUGUAGAAUCACCCAAGUAAUCUAUUUUUAUUUUAUUUUUUAUAACAUGGAUGCAUCUUUAUUCUUUCUUAAAAUUCAUUAGAUAUGCUAUACACACUUGUUAUAAUUGGAUCUUUUGAUUUUUCUGAAUGUUCAAAGUAUUUAAAAUGUUUCUUGAAUGGGAUCUCUACCCAUCUGAUGUGAUAUAUUUGAAUUGGUAUCUCCCUUUUAACUUCUUGGAUGAUUAAAUCCAAAAAUCCUUAGCUACAGAUUUGGGGCCAGACCUUCAAGUUCAGUAUCAUCCAUGGGUGCUGCAUGCAUUAGCCUCUGCUGAUUUUAUUAUUAACAUGUUUUCUUUCUUGUGAUCUAAAAGAUAUGCAGCGAGGAAUACAAUAGGCCCACGUGCAUGUUGUUAGAGUUAUCAAUGAUUGUUUCAGACAUGACUAUGGUAUUUGUUCUGUUCCAUCUAAAUUUAGAAUCCAGGAAUAUGCUUUUUCCAAAAGAGAACUGCUGAUGUGAUUUGCAUGAAGAGAGAUUGAGGAGGUUAAUCGCUGCGUUGGCACUUUGUGGGAUCCGGGCCAUGUUCUAGGUGGGGUUUGCUGUAACAUACCUUGUUGCAAAAUCUAGGCUGGUCAAGGGAUCAGAGUUGGUGAUUAUUGGUGGGCCACCGCGACCCACAGAAGAAUUUGCAACUGUUAAGCAACCAAACGCACUCCAAUCAGCAACCAAACGCAAAACUCCCUCUCUUGAUCUCCACAUCUCUCCAUCUCGAUCUCUGCUUCUGGCACUUCUCAUCCUCCAUGGAAACUGCUGCGGUUCUCCGCUCAUUUUACUGUGAAGGAUUUGAUGCAAUUGAUGUGUAUUUUAGGUUCUAUUUUCCAGGUUUCCAGACAGGACAGUUGCACUUGAAAAGAAAUAGGCUGCAUCUUAAUACAGUGAGAAACAGUAUGGUGUCCCAAUCCGCUGAAUCUUCACCUGCUCAAGAGGACAUCAAAAGGAGUCACCCUUUGGUGAAGAUGUGUGGUAUUACAUCGGCUAAAGAUGCUGCAAUCGCUGCAGAGGCCGGUGCUAGUCUCAUUGGGAUGAUAAUUUGGCCCAAAUCAAAACGUUCUGUGUCUCUUUCGGUGGCUAAAGAAAUCUCAAAAGUUGCAAGAGAGUAUGGCACAGAGCCUGUUGGGGUGUUUGUGGAUGACAACGCAGACACGAUAUUAAGAGCUUCUGAUGCAUCAAAUCUUGAGCUUGUGCAGCUUCAUGGGAAUGGGUCCAGGGCUGCUCUUCCAGCUUUACAGCAACAUAGCCGGAUAAUAUACGUUCUGCAUGCUGAUGGAAGUGGAAAUCUCCUGAAUGAAAUUACUGAAGAAGAGAGUUCUUUAGCUGACUGGCUUUUGGUGGAUAGUGCAACGGGUGGCAGCGGUAAAGGAUUCAAUUGGGACAAGUUCAAAUUACCAUCAAUAAAAAGCAAGCACGGAUGGCUUUUAGCUGGAGGGAUCAAUUGUGAAAAUGUUUGUGAUGCCAUCGCAACUCUUAGACCACAUGGAGUUGAUGUGAGCAGUGGCAUCUGUGCCUCCGAUGGGGUCCAAAAAGAUCCAUUUAAAAUAUUUUCCUUCAUGAAUAAGAUGGGACUACAGCUGACAGGCGUCCUGUACAUCGAGCAAGCACUCAGCACAACUCCUACUUGGUUCAAGGAGUAGGUUGGGGUAAUUUCUGCAUCAACUAUGGCGGGCCCUAAGACCCGAUGGUCACGCAAGCUUGCUACAACCGGCAUGGCCUGGGUGCAUUGCCUUUUGAAAGUCUCACCCUGACGCAAUGGUACCUGAGCUCCUGCCUCGAAGACCAGCACCAUCAACCCAGUACCGCCCUACUACUACAAAUCAAGGGUUGAUCACAAAGAGUGCAGCUCAUCGUAACACAGAUGAAGCGCCUCUCUUCUCCUGCUGCCACCAUGGUAAGGCGAUCCAACUCUCACCUUGCGCUAACUGAAGGUGACUUUCUUGCACUAAUGACUAUGGAAUGCCUUUCUCCCUCCUAUUUUGAGAACUCAUCAAGUGCUCGGAGCCCCACUCCGGAGUCUAGUCGAGCAACAUUCUCCAAUCGUGUCCAAUUUAGUUCCAUCCCCUGAUAUUUCUAGUAGCUCUGCAUCUUAUACGUUAGAAGCUACUGUGCCAAUGACAGGCACUUGACAGGCCGAUCCGUCAACUCAUGAGAACCCUCUUGUCAAGGUUCUCCAAGUCUAGGCAGAUAAGCUUCAAGAAUUCAAAGCCUCAUGAAUACACCGCGCCUUUGCUUGAACAAUGAUAACUCCAUCGACUACCCCUAUUGCAAACAAGAAUGCUGGACUGGAGCAUUGGCUAAGUGAACCAUUGGAUGAUUUGCCAGCAGCUCCCAGAGCGUGCUCGCAUCCCGAUACCGAGGAACUGGUUCCCACGGCUCCGCACCGGCACCCAUUCCUAUGGCCACUUAGGAAGACUCAGGCAGGUAGUGGCCGACGUAGUCUGCUAAGAAAAGGAUCACGAAAGAAGAAGUUCAUGUACCAAACUCCAUACCCCCGAGAGAUUGAGGACAUACCCUUCCUCGUCAAUUACAAGUGCUCGGACUUUCAAAGGUUCAGUUUCACUGGCUCGCCAAAGGAACAAUUGAUUCAUUUUCUCCCCAUAAUGGAGAAUUUCUUGACAGUACCUCAGAAUUAUCUUCGAUUGCUCGGGUUGUCAUUGACCAGAAAAGCCUUUCGGUAGUACGCCUCUUCGGUGCCCAACUCUGUCCAUUACUAGGAAUAGAUGUAGAACAUGUUUCUUGCAAACUUCUUUCCUUAGAGCAAGACAUCAACCUGGCUUACUUCGCCUCAACAAAGUAGUGUCGAAAUUAAGCAGCACAAGAGUAUAUUGCUUUGUAGAGAUCUUUGGGGCUGUGUUGUUAAGAUUUUAUCUCAAUUGGGUUUGGCUAAUUAAAAUAAUAGAAAUGUUAGUCUCGCA